AUGGGCAUAUUAAAAGCCAGACCUCCCUCCUUUGGGUCCUUAGCACACGGACUUGUUUACUACACGUCACCAGGAAAUACAUCCCGGAGAAUCAACAUGCUAAGACAGGACUCCCAAGACGCUCCGCUUUUUGGUGAAGAUGACGGUAACACGUUGGUUAGAAAGUCCAACAUAAGACAUCCGGUGGUCUCUUUCUUUCAUCUCUUCUUCCGAACAAGUGCCAUCUUGGUUUACUUGCUGUGUGACAUGUUCAGCAGUCGGUUCAUUGCCUGUAUGGUCACCAUCAUCCUCCUGCUGUCAUGUGACUUCUGGACCGUCAAGAAUGUAUCUGGCAGAUUGUUGGUGGGCCUGCGGUGGUGGAAUCAAGUGGAUGAAGAUGGAAAGAGCCACUGGGUAUUUGAGUCACGGAAGACACAAAGUCUGAACACAACAAGCGGUGCUGAGUCACGGAUCUUCUGGCUCGGACUCAUCGUGUGCCCUCUCUUUUGGAUCGUUUUCGUUUUCAGCACCAUUUUCUCUCUCAAGAUUAAAUGGCUGGCUGUAGUAAUCAUGGGCUUGGUUUUACAAGGGGCCAACCUGUACGGCUAUGUCAGAUGCAAGGUGGGCGGGAAGUCCAACCUGAGAAACAUGGCAAAGAACUAUUUCACCGUUGAGAUUUUUAAACAGGCAAUGAAGAAAACAGAGGGACCUUGAAGUUGAACAGAAUGAGUGACAACCCGUCUGCAAAAUGAUGAACGCAUGAUGCAUAAAUACUUGAUUCUUGUUGGUCUUUUUUGAGGUUAAAUAAUUUCUUUCAAGUUUUUGAUAAAGCAUAUUUUGUAUAUGUUGUUUCCUCCAAGUGCAUUGACCGAUUCAGGAAUAAUUGCCAAACGUUUUCUAAAGAAAUCCAAUGGUUGCUUUUGAGACUACAUUCAUACAGUAGUUUAUGCAGAGAUCAGAAAUGUUAUAACCUUUAUUGAGGUAAUGUAAUUGUGAAAUUGAAGCACUAGCAUCACUGGCACAAUCCUGAAUAAGCUUUAUUUUAUUUUUAAAGAAGUUAAGAAGAUUGUGUUUAAAUCAUUAUUCCUGAGAGGAUUUGGAACAAAGCAAUACUUUAGGUAUUUGUUUUCUAAAACUGGAUUUUGGAGCUAAAAGUUAUUUAUGUGUUGUUUCAAGAAGCUUUAUUUUGUUAAGGCUGCUAUAUUGUGGUGGAUGAUGGGGAGAAGUUUAUAAAGUGUUGGUCUGAUUUUGUACAAACUUUUCUGGGAAACUGUUGUACUUUACAAUACAUAAAUAAAUACAUAUUAUACUAAAAAUA